AUGGUCAGUGAAGUUUUAAGUCAUAAUGAGAAAAACAAGAAAACGGUCGUCGAGCUAUUAAAGAUGGUGCCAUUGUCGGCCAAAAGGGCAACAAGAGUAGAAGUUUUAGCGGAGGAGUGUUUUUCCAAUCUACUCACCGAUUUGGAGAAAGCAGAAGCCAUAUCACCAGCCACAGACUCAUCCUGUGACCGAACCGAUAUGGAAGAGCUAUCUGUGUUCGCAAGAUUUUUUGAUGGGAAGACCAUUCGGGAAGAGCUAAUUUGUUUGCUUCCUCUGUCUGGGUGCUCAACUGGGGAAAUAAUUUUUAACGAAUGGACACAGUUCUUUGAGAAGAAUGGCUUGGAUGUGAGCAAAAUUGUGCCAAUUGUCACCGAUGGGGCUCCGUCGAUGGUGGGACUACACAAGGGCUUGAGCAUUGCUGGAGGAAAUGUCAGCGGAACAUACCUUUUGCUGCAUAAUGAUGUUCACUGGCUGAGCAAAGAUCGUGUGUUGGAGAGGGUGUGCGACCUGCGCGAUGAGCUUGUGUCAUUUUUAUCCAGUCUGCUGAGCCAAAAAGCCCAAGGAUUUAAGAGGUUUUUAAGUGACAACAAGAUGAUGGCACAUGUUCUUUUUUUGUGUGACAUCAUGUCUCAUCUAAAUCAACUUAAUCUGCAAUUACAAGGCAACAACCACACUGUUGCGCAUAUGUACGAGGCGAUUGAAGCUUUCCGGUCAAAGCUGAACCUUUUGGAGAGAGACAUUCACGGGAGAAAGUUGCACUUUCCACGUCUGCGGGAGCAUUGCGAGAAGAACGAAAUGCAGGAGGAUCCAGUGAUGAAGGAUUUCGUGACGAGCCUGGCAGAAAACUUCAGAGAACGAUUUGAAAGCUCCCCUAAACUCUCAGGUGACAUCCUCCACUUCCAGAGACAGCCGUUCUCAGUUUCGGCUGAUGGCCAGUGGACUGCAGAGGCCAAAAGGCUGGUGCCUUCUAUAGAUGAGGCAACUCUUCAGCUGGAGGUCUUGGAAAUGGGAACAUCUGAUUUGCUCAAAGCACAACACAAGGAGGUUGGGGUGAGUGACUUUUGGAUCAACGUGGUUCCCCAAGCUCAAUCCAAAAACACGAGAGCUAUUGCAAUGCUCCUACUCACACUGUUCCCCUUCACGUACAUAUAUGAGUCACCGUUUUCUUCAAUGAACUCUGUCAAGAACCAGGACAGAAACAGACUCUCCAAUGCACAUCUUGGCCAGUGCCUCAGGAUUGCCACAACAGAAUACAGGCCCAACAUCAGAAGGAUUGCCUCAUCUGGUCACUGUCACUUCUCUCACUGA